UCAUUUAUUUAUUUUUUUUAUCCUUCACUUGGAUUUUUGUCUUCCUCUCAGCAUCCUCAGCUGUGUGUAGGUUAGAGCUGCAGUAACAGCAGCAGUAGCAGCAUCCAUGACUUAAGCCUGAGCUUUGAUCGACAGCUAGCCUGGCCCUUGCCCCUCCUCUCUCCUCUCUUUUUAUCCCUGUCUUCCUACUGGGCUAGUUGACAGGCGACGUCUGGGGGUGUAGGAGGCUCAUAGUUAGCCAGGGCGUUAGCCACAACCACACAGCUGCUCUCCUGCCCAUCACUUAUACUGUAUAUCUGUAACCGGGGGCCGCUUCUCUUCUCCCCCUCCCUACACUUCCCGAUUUCAUUUUAGGCUCUUUGGAAAUAAAGGAAUGCAAAUCUGCAACCAUGAUGGAAGGAUUGAAAAAACGUACCAGGAAGGCCUUCGGGAUACGGAAGAAAGAGAAGGACAGUGACUCCACAGGGUCUCCAGACAGAGAGGGGGGUUCUCAGAAGAAGUCAAACGGGGCCCUCAAUGGCUUUUAUGAAGAUUUCGACUGGGAGAGAUAUAACUCUCCUGAGCUGGAUGACGAGGGCUACAGCGUCAGGCCCGAUGAAGAGUCAGAGGAGGCAGCACCUACCAAAACUGCGCACUUCUUCUCUUCCGAUGAGUCUGAAGAGGAGGAGGACCGCAGGAAGAAAUUUAAGAUCAAGAUCAAGCCGCUGCCGAAAAAUCACGUGGUAGCAGCGCCUUCGGUUGAUGAGCUCAAAGCCUCCAUCGGCAACAUCUCUUUGUCCCCAUCUCCUCUGGGUUUGAAGAGGAACACAUCCAGUGAAGAGAUCGCCAGACCGAGGCGUGUUGUUCCUGUUGUUCCUGCCGCUCCUCCCGCGGCGCCCGCAGCAGCUCCAGCACCGCAGCCCCCCAGACAAAAAACACCAGUUCCUGAAGAAACCACAGCCUUAUUUGGGCCUCCUUUGGAAACAGCCUUCGGAGAACAGAAAACUGAAGAGGUUCUUUCUGAGUCCGAUGUCUGGGGGACUCCUCUCCCAGAGCCCGAAUCCUCUUUGACGAGAUCCUUCCCCACAGGAACUCCUCCUCCACUUCCACCUAAGAAUGUCCCGACAUCUCCCCCGACGACUGGACCCCCCUCUGCAGACGAUACUGAAGCAUCAGCGGAUGCAGACAGCUCAACUCGGAAGCCCUCGAUAGCCGACUUGGACAACAUCUUCGGGCCGGAGCAGUCUCCUCCUCCCGGCGAGGACACGAACGACACGUGGGUCUGCUUCAGCGAACGGUCCUCUGAGCAGCCAGCGGCACCAGAGGAUCCGGCACAGCUCCUCCCCUCCUCGCCACCUCCACCGGAAGAACCAGCACCUCCUCCACCCGAAUCUCCUGCUCCUUCUCUCCCUACAUCACCACCUCCACAGGAAGAGCAUGCACCACCUCUCCCUACCCCCCCUCCCACUAAAGAAGCCCCGGCACCUCCUCUACCAACCUCCCCACCUCCUUCAGAGGAACCUGCUGCUCCCGCUCCACGUUCUGGCCCAGCCACACCAGAAGAUCCUCUCACACAUGCCACCUCUCCCCCUCCUGCACCAAAGGAGCUUUCAUCAUCCUUUCCUGCCGUCGUCCCACCGGUCCACGCCCCCAAAGCAGACACUCCUCCGGCAGGGACCCCCCCUCCCGAAGAACCCGCAGUCCCGUCGGUUUCCCCACCCGCCGUCCUCUCCCAAGGGGAGCAAUCCAAAAACACAGAUGCCCCUCAGCCCAAAGAGGACAGCGCUGCUGAAGUCGUCUCCUCCCCCAAAGAUUCGAGCCAAGGGAGUCGGAGUUCACCACCGCCGCCUCCUCCCCCAACAUACCGGGCAGUGGUUUCAUCACCGGGUCCCACAUCUGGAGCCACUGGUACGAGCAGCGGUUCCUCCUCACCUGUACGACCUUCCACCCCUUCGUCAGUAAACCCAACCCCACCUCCGCCUCCACCUCGCCCCCCUUCACGCCCCAAACUUCCUCCAGGAAAACCUUCAGUAGGAGAUUCGGUAAGAAGUAAUCGACCUUUCAGCCCGCCGAUACACUCGGCGAGCCCUCCGCCAUCGGCCCCUCUGGCGCGGGCCGAGAGCACGUCCUCCAUCUCCUCCACCAACUCCCAGAGUGCAGCCACCACGCCCACCGUCGGCAAGGAGCUCUGCGUGUCCGUGUCAGAAGACGAUGCUUAUGUAGACAAACUGCCGACGUUUGAAAGACACUUUGACUCAUUUGCAGAGAAUGACCAGCCAUCCCUGGUAUGGUUUGACAGAGGAAAGUUUUAUUUAACGUUUGAAGGCUGCUCUCGAGGGCCCAGUCCUCUCACCAUGGGCGCUCAGGACACACUUCCUGUGGCUGCAGCAUUCACAGAAACGGUCAACGCCUUCUUUAAAGGAGCCGACCCCACCAAGUGUGUUGUGAAGAUCAUAGGUGAGAUGGUUUUGUCGUUUCCGGCGGGAAUCACACGGCAUUUUGCCAAUAACCCAUCCCCCGCUGUGCUAACCUUCAGCAUAACCAACUACAGCCGACUGGAGCAUGUGCUGCCUAAUCCCCAGCUGCUCUGCUGCGACACCACAACACAAGCGAAGGCCGAUUCCAAGGACUUCUGGGUGAACAUGCCCAACCUGAUAUCACAUUUAAAGAAGGUGGCAGAGCAGAAGCCACAGGCGACAUAUUACAACGUGGACAUGCUCAAGUACCAGGUGUCGACGCAGGGGCGCCAGUCGACGCCUAUGAACCUGGCAGUGAGCUGGAAGUGUGAGCCCACCAGCACGGACCUGAGGAUAGACUACAAAUACAACGGGGAAGCCAUGACGACGCCCAUGGCCCUCAACAACGUGCAAUUCCUCGUCCCUGUGGAUGGAAACGUUUCAAAACUACAGGCUGUCUUACCUCCUGCAGCAUGGAAUGCAGAGCAGAAAAAAAUCCUGUGGAAGAUCCCCGAUAUCUCCCAGAAGUCUGAAAAUGGAGGUGUGGGGUCAUUGCUAGCACGCUUCCAGCUGGCGGAGGGUCCCAGUAAACCGGCUCCACUGGCGGUGCAGUUCACCAGCGAGGGCAGCACCCUGUCGGGCUGCGACAUUGAACUGGCUGGACCAGGGUACCGCUUCUCUCUCGUCAAGAAGAGGUUUGCUGCAGGAAAAUACCUGGCAGACAACUGACCUGCACUACUGAGAGCAUCACUGUUUAACGAAGCGACGGCAGUGAACUGCAAGGUUGGCAUGGAGACCAGAGGACAGACCUGCACCAGACUCCUUUACUUUUUCUGAACCCAGACGACAGGUCUGCAGCCUGCCCAGCAGUAUUGUAUAACUUUGCAUUGUGGAACUGUUUUAGGUCACGUAAUUAUCGUAUUUGUAUUCAUCUCAUAACAUCUGUGUUGCUGCAGUAAGACACCUGGGUUUGUUCCCUUACUGAAGUCUGUACCUCUGUCUCCGUCCUCCCCUGGUCGACAUGCAAUGGUGUGUAUUAAAGUUUCACUGCAGCUGCCUGAACCGGACUUGAACAGGACACAGCUGGAAACAAUCCACCUCUGCGUGACGUGUUGCUCUCUGUGGUCCUUAAAAAUAAUCCUUAACUAAGAUCCAUGCGCAUUAUAGAUUAUGCAUCUCAACGUCUGACACAUCUAAAGUCGCUAGCUACGUCUCCAAGCCUAAGAUGUCCUCAGCUUUUAACCUGAUUUGUUAUUGGCGGUUUGUGAAAUGGAAUGAAACACUGAAUCAAACACGGGGGCGGACUUUUAUGCAUUACCUACUGGUACCACAGGGUCAUGUGACACUGUUGGCCACAUUCAUUUCGUUGCAUCCAAAUCCGAUGUCCGACACGUCGGGCAGCUGCAGUGACGACGGUUCACUGGCUCCAAAUUUGAAAAAUAUUUUUUCUUUCUGUGUGAACAAAAACAAGUGUACAAAGUGUCAUUUUAAAUAAGUAAUAUGUAUCUUAAAGGGCGUUUGGUGUUCUCCUCGUAUUGUUGGAUAGCCUUUCUGUUGUUCCCGGGGCAACAGUGUUAGACUCCAGAGUACAUGACAGCAUUCUAUUUUUAUUUAUUGAUGAUAAUGAUUUGUUGUAUAAAACAUGUGAUUCUGUAUAUGAAUAGAAUUUGAAUGGUAUCACACAACUCAGAACCCUUAAAAGGUAUAAAUAUUUGAAUUAUCUCAUUUUUGUUAUCUGUGUAGUUGGGUAACCUGUGUACAGUAUGAGGUAUAAUUUUUGAAUUUAUUUCAGAUAUAAUUUUUUUAACUCAAGUGCAACAGAAUAUCUGAGCUAUAUAUGGGCGGACGGGUGGUGGGUGGGGGGGGGUAAUUUAAAGACAAAGAUAAGUAUCUUCCUGGAUGCUGUUUUAUGCUUCGUGAAAGCAGUUUUAUUGUAGAGUUAGUUAUAUUGUGGGCAAGCUCCACACUUUAAAGGUGCCACAUGUACUUGUUUUAUCGUAGACGUUCACUGUCCCCAGCUCGUCCAGGUCCAUGGUGUCUGUAUUUACCUGCAGGUGCUCCCGGGUCUUUAUUAGGGGUGGACUCCAUGUCAGUUUCACCUUUUGCAGCUGGCAGCUGCAGUCCGUGUUUUGCUCUGGAUCUGGUCGGACUGGCUCGGCGGGAGAGCAAAACCACGACUACAGUUGCCAGAUUCUGUCCCAACAGCAACCAGGUCAUGAUGGACCGGAACCAGCUGGUUAGCAGCCACUUUCCAAAUGAAACAUUUACAUAUGCACCUUGAAAGAUUUAGUUUGACAGUUUUAAAGAUGCAAUAUAUCUGUUUUAUCUGUCAGGACACUGUUCACUUAGCAUAAAGACUGUUUUUUUUUUUUUUUAAUUCACAUUAUUAAAACUCUGCUCAGCAGCUCCUCUAAAACUCAAUACGAUAUAUCUCGUUUGUUGGCCUCUAUGAAUAACAAAUUUAAGUGUGUAAAGGAUACACCGUAACGUUUCAGAUGUGCCUCUGAAUUUAUGUGGUUGUGCUCACAGCAGUUUGAAAUGAUGCUGUUAAGUCCCCACUUUUUGUCUAGAGCAAAAAUACCAUAAAACUUUAUGCAAAUAUUAAAGUCCAUCACCAGGAUGAAAUGUUACCGUUUUGGUAAAUCCCUUUUUAAUCUGCUGCACCAGCAAUAGGUCAAACAUGCAAUUGGGCCUCUGCUGUAGUUUACCAAGUGCUUGAAAAUCACAACCUUCAGCUGUCAAGUGUUUAUUAUCAAACCUGCUUACAUGCUGAACCCUGAUGGGUAAUAUGAUCCACUCUUACCUGCUAAUCAUCAGGAUGUAGCUGUUUUCAUUAGCGUUUAGUUCGUCUUGUCACUGUGCCUACUUGCAGCCUCAAAAAGACUCAUUAACUUUUGAGAAGAGCAGAUCCAACCGUUUCCAUCAGUUUACAGUCUUUAUGCUAAGAUAAACACAAACGGCGUUACUUAUAUUCAUCGUUAGCAGUCACGGGAUCUAUUCUUGACAAGAAAGUAAGUAUGUAUUCCUCAAAAUGUCAAGCUGUUCCUUUUAAAUCCAACAACAAAAACAAUCUGGUUUUUGUUAGUUUUUUGUUUUGUUUUAUUUUCCGAGCCGCGAUGAUGAAAUGUGCUGAUUGUGAUACCGUUAUUGGAAAAAAGGGGGGGAUUUGUUUACGGGGACCAGCUUGUUUCUUUUAUUCAAACCUCAAAGCGGAGAGGAAGCAUCGCUCCGGCGUUCCCAGUUCUGCUGCUUGGCCUACAGCUGUCCAUUUAAGCCUCUCUCGCUCUGUUUGCUUAGCGUGUCAUCAGUCUCCUCACUGGUACCAUAACUCCCAGAUUAUAUCAUCACCCCGUCACAGCCGGCGCUUGAAUCCAUGGCUUUACUUUUCAUAAUCGUAACGGUCUCUGUGAGAUGACGUGAUUUGAAUGAGGGUGUAGAGAAAGGUUCAGUCGACAUAUAUAUAUAUAUAUAUAUAUAUAUAUAUAUAUAUAUAUAUAUUGUUGGGUUUUUUUUCUUUUGGUAUCUUCUGUGUGUGUAACCUGGACCAGCAGUCCUCUGUAAAGGAGAAUAAGCUGAAUAUUUUUAAAGUGCAUAAAAAUUAAAAAAUAUUAUAUUGUUUAAUGUGAAGAAAAAACAAAACAACACUGUGCUGAUGAUGUUGAACUUCUGAAUGCGCUGACACUCGACGUGUGUGUGACGUGUAGCUGAAAAAUCUCUGUACUGUACCAGUUGUCAGAAAUCUGCUCAAUGUAACCGACCCCGUCAGAACUGUUGCACAUUUGGCAUUUGUGGCUGUACUUAGGGAACAAACGAAAAGAUGGUUAAUCUCAAAAUAACUUCUACUAAGUUAGUUAGUACUUUUGAUUGGAUAUAGUUCAUAAAUAUAUCUAGUUAUUUCAGAUCUAGAGUGUGCAGUUACAAUAAAAUUCUUGUUCUUAACCAUGUUUUUUACAUUUUUGUGUACGGACUCGGUCUGGGGGAAACGGUAACGUUGCAUUUCGUUGAAGUGAGGCGGUGAUGAAAGACUGGUGCCAUUAAGCUCCUGGUUAUACAUUAGUUUGGUAACGUUUUCUCUUGUGUUGACUGGAUGACUUACCGUACCGUGUGGGACAUUGUUACCUACUGUAAUGUAUCGUGAGACCUUAGUGCAACCGUCACUUCCUCAUUAUCUACCACGGCCCACAAUACACGCCGCCCUUCAAGUAUCUGCUCUAAAGUGUCUUUCCGCUGGAAAGGCAACACUAAAACUCUUAAUAGCUGCUAGAACAUUGUUUGCAUCUUUUAAUAAAAAUUGAAGAAGUCCAGUAUUUUCCAGCGCUUAAUUUCUGUGAUGAAACUGUCCUGCAGUUAAUUCAGUAUUGCAUGCAGAGCAUGCAGUGUGAGGAGGGGCAUCUGUGAUGACAGUGGUGAACUGACACGUUGUGCUAAGCGUCACCUACCUUGUGUUACUAAUGAGAGGAGAGCAGGUCGUGUGUUUUCGUGCGCUAGGAGCCACAAUGCUUUUUGGUUCUGUACUGUUAACCUCAAACAUGUGCGCAAGCUGUUUGAGCAGGACAUAACAACGCUAAGAUGAACUGAGGAACUAAGUUUGCUUCUUUCCAAAACCAAUAAAAGUUGU